AUGAAAUAUGAGGAUCCGAUCAUCUCUCAUUUCAAAACCAAAGAGCUCAUCGACAAGGACGAUCUCAAAAGACUCAUCGAGGAACAAAAGCAAAAGAAUGCCGACAACACCGUCUCUGUGGGGCGUGGGAGCAGUAACAGACAAGAUCUAGCGACUUGUGAAGGUGCAUUGUCCGUAUAUACAGAUCUUAUAAAGCUGAAGUUUCUUCUACAGAAAUCUUGGGAGCUACAGACACUAGUUAAAAGUGUUUUGAUCCGUUUCGAUAUACAGGGAGUUGGACUUACUAGGGAGGAAAGAACGUUGAAUCAUUCAGAAGAUUUUUAUAAAGACAUUGCUCUCAAAACGAUUUCAAAAUGUGAGAAGCUUUCCAAGAGUCUUGAGCAGCUCUCGUUGGACUCUCAAAGAAUUGUCGAUUAUAUUCAGUCAGUCUGUGCGGAAGAUAUCUCUCAUUAUUUAAGUGACACCAUCUGCUUGCUUCUCGAAAUGUGGUUUUUGUGCGGAAAAGUAUCCAGACAACUUAAGAGGAACGUUGCGGGGUUGUUCAUAAGGGCAAAGGUGUUGCUUAUAGAUUAUGAAUUGGAAAUUAUACGGCAAGAAACGCCAGAACUUGACUCCGAGGAUUAUAGUACUUUUAAGGAAACCGUUAAAUCAUACCGUUCAUUUAUCAAGAUUUUUCUACAGCAGCUACAAGAUUCAGAACUAAGUCAAAAUCAUUCUCAAUUUGAAGAAUGCCUCCACGUCUUUUUGGAUAUCGAGUCAAUGUAUAGCGCAAUGAACUUCAAUUGGCUCCUAAUCGAUGGCAAGUCAAUGCACACGGAUUUAGAUGAUAUCCAAGACAGCUAUGUCGACGUAGGGGAGGACAUGGAAGAAUUAAACAAUAUUAAUGGCUUUGUGGACAAGAUAGUGGACAAAGAAGAGGAUGAUGACCUUGCACCUUUACAGAAACUUCCAAAUACACAAUCGCCAAGAAGGUUCUCGGAGUCUUCUUCCACGUCUGAUAUAUCACUAAUGAUGGAACGAACGUCUCUAUCAAAAGAAUUACCGAAUCUCUUGCAGGCAUUUAAUAAUGCAAAGAAACUGGAACAAGAACUGGAAAAUGUUAGAAAUACCAGCAAUUCAUCACGUGAAAGUACUCCUGUGGGUUCGCCUUUAGUGGGUCUUUCCUCAUCAGCAUUAACUUCAUCAACAUUCAGCCCCAGUUCUAGUAUACUAUUAAGUUCUACGAGUAAAUUUGAGGGAGAAAGCCCAUUUUUAGCAUCUCCCUCAAACAGCAUGAUACUUGAAGUGACCUCUAGUAACUAUACUGAAAACAUUGGUGCGUCUGGCCAUCUACCUCCUACUCCACUUUCACAACUAGACAUGAGCUCUCAACUAAUAAGAAACGACAUACUUAGAAUGAUGAAAAACCAAAAUCCGUCCAAGUAUGCAUAUAACAGAAAAAUAAAUGGGUUUGGUAGCAAUGUGCUCAAUAGCCUGUACGGAAUAGGCGAUAAGAGGUAA